CUCAUGUCGAGGAAUUUUCCUCUGCCACAAACUUAUUCUCUCACUCUCGUGAAAGCAUAAAAACGUGAAAGGUAGAUGACUAUGCCAAAUAAAUACUACACUUACCGAAAAAGACAAAUCCACAAAAAGUAUCUCAAUUACUAGGCACACCUUUAGUCUUAUUGCCUCAUCCUUAUCAUUUCCCUUCCUGAUGAGUUACCUCGAAAGCACCCAAAAACGCUGAAUAAACAAAAGAGUAUAAACCUUACAUUUUUUUUUUUUGUUUUUUAUCGACUAAUGGCUGGUACUCUGCCAGGAGUUGAAGCAGCCAGAAGGAGGAGAUUUCACAAAACCAACAACCUCACCGAUUGUUAUGACGCCCACCAAUCUCCAGCUGCCACGUCAUCCCGGCGUUCUUCAUUCUGUCUGUACGCCACUAGCCACAACCUCCAUUCUAGUUCUUCCCAGAAAAUCAGGAAUCCGACACUAAGGCAGGGGAAUGAAAGGAUGCGUGAUGAUGAGAGCAGGCUCGGUGAAGCUGCAAGAGAAGCCAAGAAGAGGUUGGAUGAGAGGUUUCAACCAAAACGGAUAUCACAUAAAAAGAGCACCCAAGACAGAAGCACAUUUUCAGAUAAUAGGCCAAAUGCUGAAUCAGGCCUAGAAUUGCCAAAUUUGAAGAGAAGUGGAUUAAUGAUGAAGAGGCCGAGUUGGUUGAGAGUUAGAUGGAAAUCAUGUGAAGAAGGUGAAUGUCCGGUUUGCUUGGAGCAAUUGGGGGUGGGGACGUUGAUGCAGCUGCCAUGUGCUCAUAGGUUCCACACCAAGUGCUUGGUGCCAUGGAUGGCGGCUAGUGCCCUCUGCCCUUGUUGUAGGAUGGAAAUUCACCCUAGUAAUUAAUGACACAAAAUUAUCUCCUAUUUGAUUGUGUGACACCACUCCCUCAUAAUACUACAAAUUUAAUUUUGCGAGACAAUGCUCAUCAUUUUCAGGAGCGUAGCUAGGAUUUUUUUUUACCCUGAGUUGCAAAACGUGUAAACCGAAUGUCCGGUAACUAGGCUUGUAAGCGAGUCGAGCCGAGCUCAACCUCGAGCCCUUAACGAGCCGAGCGAGCUAUGCUUGUUAAAUAAACGAGCCUGAAAUCGAGCUCGAGCUCGAGCUCGGAUCGUUUAUAAUUAAUAACGAGUCGAUAUCGAGCUUUAAUAACGAGCUGAACUAUAGAAAAUUAUUUAAAAAAUCUCUUUUCAAGCAUUAAUGAGCCUUAUCAGCCGAGCUGGGUUCGUUAACCAAAUGCGGUUUAAAUGAGCUUGAGCUUAACUCGUUAACAGUACUACCGGUAA